CAAAGAGAUAUAAUAUUAUGACAUCAAAUUGUGCUGAGUCUAUGAACAAAGUCAAUGUCUGUGCUAGAGAGUAUUCUGUGUCUAAACUUGUUGAUUUCUUGCGUGAAAGGAUGCAGCAAUGGUUCACAGAGAGGAAAGAUAAAGCUGAGAAAACAAGUACUAUACUCACAAAGAAAUGUGAGAAACGCCUGGUAGCUUUGCAAGCUGAAUCCACACGUAUGAAUGUUAAACCAUCAUGUGCAUAUGAAUUUGAAGUUGUUGACAGUAGAUGCAAGUCCUUUGUGGUAAACCUCAACUCUAGAAGUUGUACAUGCGGCCACUUUCAAUUAGAUCAAUUUGUGUGUGUUCAUGUUGUGGCUGCAAUCGGUAUACGCCCACACCUUUCAUGUUAUACGUACAUAUCUCCAUAUUACACAACAGAUGCUUGGCUUGCUACAUGGUCUGGUAUCAUGCAUCCUAUUGCUGAUCUUGACAGUUGGUCAAUUCCUGCUACUAUUCAAAACCAGAGAUGCAAGCCACCAAGUUGUUUGAAGCGUCCUCCUGGUCGCCCUAAGAAAUGCAGGAUUCCAUCCAUUGGAGAAUAUAGAGGUUCAAAACGUCAAAAAUGUUCUAGAUGCCAUGUGCUUGGGCAUAAUAAGAAAACUUGUAGAAAUCCAAUUCCAAUUAAUACCCAGUGAUGUAGAUUUGUCCACUCAUUUUAUGUUGUCUUCUGUUUUUUUUGUACUUUUAACAAUUCUACUAUGUGGUUUGGACUUGGUUAUCAUUUCGUUGAACGUUUAAGGUUUUGUGCUUUAGCCAUUCUUGGCAUUUAAGUGUUUAUGACUUGUGCUUUAUCCAAAUGUUUUAUCCCA